CUCUUAACAAGGUUAUUGUUGAUAGUUAAUUAACUAAAACUAAGUCACAUGGUUCAAUAAGCUAUAAAUAAUCAACAUAGGUGAAAGGUCAGAUAAGAAAUACUGCAAAUUAAUUGGUUGAUUCAUGGUCUUGUAAACUUUGUGUAAUAUUGACUGGUCAGUGAGUAAUAGGUGGUCAUCUAAAUGGACAAGUAGAUAGAUAUGUGUGGGUCAGUGACAUUUUGAAGAAUUUUAAAGAUGCUUUUCUAAAUUAUGUAAUCCAGGUGUGAACUUCAGCAUCCUAUUAACUAAAGAGAUAAAUCUACAUUACAUCAACUGGUUAUAUUUUUGAAGCAAGAUUGAUCACAAAUUGAUAUCAGAAGAAAAUUCGUUAAAACAAGUUUACAGUGAAAACUUUGACAAACUGUUUAAAGACAGUUCGAAUAGAGUCAAGCUGGAAUCCUCAAUCGCUAUGCAAGAUCCCUAUUCCAUGAUGCAUCGAGAAGAAAGAUUUUUCAAGCCAUACAACCAGACUUCCUCAGCAUCAAGGUUUCCAAACAUGCCAUCUUCAUCAUAUUAUGGGAUGCAUUAUCCCUCUCAUACCAUGACACAAAGUGACUUAGCUAAUAUGUCUUCAGGAUCUUUAGACUUUUCACAAUUUCAUCCUAGUGUUGAGGGAAUGAUGACAUCAUCUGGGUCUUCACAUACGAUGCCCAAUCCUAUCCCAGCACAUUCUUCAAACAAUAUGUCAACUUUACCGAAUGACAAUCUGUCUCCUCUUGGCCACCAUCAAUCUGGCAGUCCACCAACUAUGGAUGUGUUGGAUGUUCUGAACUCUCAUAGAUCUAGUCCAACAGAUGAUAAAUCCAGUUUAAAAAAGGAAAUUGAAUAUAAUAAUGUAAAUGAACUGUCUUCACCAUCUUCAACAACAAGUAAUCAUUCGCUGUCCCAUCAAGAUGCAGCAAAUGCUGAUUGUGAUUCCGAAAGUGACGGUUUUAGAAUGCCACCAAAGAAAAGACAAAAUGUAAAUCCAGAGUCACAGAAAGAUAACUGUUAUUGGGAAAAAAGAAAGAAAAAUAAUGAGUCGGCCAAACGAUCUCGAGAGGCUAGAAGAAUGAAAGAGGAGCAAAUUGCGUUGAGAGUGGUAUAUCUGGAACAGGAGAACUUACAACUUAGGACAGAAGUUUCAUUACUUAAAGGAGAAAUAGAGAAACUAAGAUGUAUGCUGUACAAUCCAUGAUUUUCUAAAAAUCAUAAAACAUUUGUGUUCGAUUCAGUGUUCAUAAUGGCAACUAUAUUUCAUUGUGUCUUAUAAUAUGGCAAAAUGAGAUAAGAACUCAGGGUUAAAUAAAUCAGGGUUAUAAACUGUGAUAUUGAUUUCUCAGGGAAACCAGAGACUUGUUAAAAACUCAAAUAUGAAUUACUCUUUUAAACAAAGUGGAUCUCUACUUAGCAACGAUUUGGUUCCAAUGUACCAAACAGAAUAUAAAUGUACAAAAAGAAUUAUUUAUUGACACUGUAUUAGUGCUUUUAAAAUAAAUUUCCACUUUUAAAAAUCUGACAUUUCAUUUCAGCAGAGUUAUUUUCCAUGUUAAAUGAUUUUAACUUGACAAAAAGCUGAAAAGUGAGGAAGGGUAAAAUAUUUGUUGUAAUGAGAUAUUUUUAUUGUUGAAUAUUUACCCGGUUAUCCAUAUUGAUUGUUAUUCUUUUAAUAAUUAUGUCAUAAAUUUUUUGAUAAUGUACAUAUACAUUUUUGCUUUUUUCAAUACUCUUUUAAAACAAUUAUUAGUCAUUUUAAUAUUGUUGUUUUUAAAUAUUUGUUUAAAUCAUUCAUUCAUACUUUUGGAUUUUUACCAUUGACCUUUUAAUGUAAUUAAACAUCCAAUGAAAACAAAAAUAAUUUCAUAUCAUCUCUUUUCUUUGUAAAAUACUUUCUUUUGAUUGCACAAUCAUCUUGCAAGUUUUACUUCUGUCUUUGAAAUCCAACUCUGCAUUUUUUCUUUCCUGCACUAUUGUCCGCUUAGUUGACAAAUAGGCAUUUAAAAACAGUUAGCUCAGAAAUUAAAUAUUACUUCAUUUGAAUAAACAAUACUUUCUCAAAAUUAAUAUUUUUUUUUCCAAUCUUUUCAUUAAGAUAUAAAAACCAUUAGUUAUUUUGUAUUUCUUUUCCGACUCAUUAUAAUGAAUGUACUUUUGAUUUCUUUUGGAUAUAUGUUGACAUAAAUCUUUAAAAAAUGUUGUUCAAUUCAAAUUAAAUUUCAAUAUUAUACAUAUAAUCAUACAGCAAUACCAUUUAAUUUGAUGACUAAAACCCGGUGUUAAUGAAGUAUUAUGUACAGGGUGUGUUUUCACACUAUUUUGUUUAGCAAUAUGUGUACCACAAUUGAAUAUGCAAAUAAAUUGUUAAAAAUC